CUCUUCUAUCUUAGGGUACACUAUAACUUGAAGCCUCAAGUGUUAAACAGAAUGGCCAUGAACAAGAAAACAGAAAAACCCAAGAAUCCAUCUGCAUCGGGCGAUCAGAGCAAUUCCGAGAAACAGCCCGAAAAUACCGAUAUAUUUGGUUCGAACAUGUCAGAGCUGUUGAAGAGCCCAAAGAGACGGUCCAAAAACCUCAAGAUAGUUUUACCUAUGAUUCUUAUCUCAGUGGCUUUCCUCCUCUGCUUCAUGCCUACCGUUAUCGUCGGUUUUGACAUCACCAUCAAUCCUGGAACUGAGAACGGACAACCAAGACUGAAGAUGAUCGAAUACUUUAUCAUUCACCUUUUAUUAUUGGGUAACAGUGCAAUGAAUCCGCUCAUUUUCACCAUGUGCAGCACUAAGUUCCGAGCCAGUGGUAUCCUGGUCGUCAAGCUGCUGUUUGACCAGCUGGUGUUGAUACUGUUCUACGCGGUUUACGUCAUCUACUACGCUGUUGUUACCUUCUUCAAGGCCAUCUGGAACUACUUAACAGAUCUGGCCACUUCUCUGGGUUCCUGCAAUGCCCGGUGUAUUAAGUCAGUUGGAAAGUACGAUUCUCUGAACGAUGUAGUGAUUAAAGUUACCCUGACAAACAGUAACGAGAUGAAUGGAGGAGAAAAAGUUAGAGGAGGAGAAAAAGUUAGAGGAGGAGAGAAAGUUAGAGGGAAGAACAAUAAUAAGGAGGAGGAUUGUUGUGAAGGCGACUUGUGGGGAGUCAACCCAGGUUGUCAUGGCGAUCGUCAGGGUUGCCAUGGUGACCGCCAGGGUUGUCAUGGUGACCGCCAGGGUUGUCAUGGUGACCGUCAGGGUUGUCAUGGUGACCGUCAGGGUUGUCAUGGUGACCGCCAGGGUUGUCAUGGUGACCGCCAGGGUUGUCAUAGUGACCGCCAUGGCCAGGGUGGUUGUAGUGGAAAGCUACAUGGUCCUAGACAAACUCAUAUGCGGUCUCCUAGUGACACUGAUAAUUAUAAAGAAAGUCAGAAUAAAAAUAUAAUUACUCCCGAUAACAGGACUUCAGAAACUAUGUUAUAACUAAUCAUCAUUACAAUUGUAAUAUAAUGAUAAUAAUUUGAUUUGCUUUUUAUUGCCAGAUGUUUAUUGGCAUGUUU